AUGGCUCCGCAGGAUACCUUCUUCCGCUCGUCGGAAAUGAGCCUGACCCAGCUCUACAUUGCCAACGAAAUUGGAAGAGAGGUUGUGAGUGCUCUGGGUGAGCUUGGUCAAGUGCAGUUUAGAGAUUUGAACCCCGAUACCAAUGCCUUUCAACGCACCUUUACUAAAGAGAUCCGCCGCCUCGACAAUGUUGAGAGACAGCUCCGUUACUUUCGUUCCCAGAUCGAGAAGGCGGCUAUUCCCAUGCGGCCCUCGACAGACUUCUCUGACACCCUAGCUGCUCCCCUCGCUUCGGAAAUUGAUGAGCUGGCCGAACGCAGCGAAAGUCUCGAACAGCGCAUCGCUUCCCUGAAUGAUAGCUAUGAGACUCUGAAGAAGCGUGAAGUUGAGCUUUCCGAAUGGCGCUGGGUUUUGAGAGAGGCCGGUGGAUUUUUCGAUCGGGCGCACACCCAAACCGAAGAUAUCCGUCAAUCCUUCGACAAUGACGAGGCGCCCCUGCUUCGUGACGUAGAACAGCAUGCUCCUCGUGGUGCCAAUGGUGACACUCAAGGUCAGCAGAGCUUUUCCGAGAUGAACAUUGGCUUCGUUGCCGGUGUCAUUCCUCGCGAUCGGAUCGCUGCCUUCGAGCGCAUCCUGUGGCGAACCCUACGUGGCAACCUUUACAUGAACCAGUCUGAGAUCCCGGAACCUAUCAUCGAUCCCAGCACCAACGAAGCGGUUUAUAAGAACGUUUACGUGAUCUUCGCUCACGGCUCGAGCAUUCUGGCAAAAAUUCGCAAAAUUUCAGAAUCAUUGGGUGCUUCCUUGUACGGCGUUGACGAGAACAGCGAGCUGAGAAGGGAUCAGAUCCACGAGGUCAACACCCGGCUGGGCGAUGUCGGAAGUGUCCUUCAAAACACCAAGAAGACAUUAGAUGCUGAGCUCUCGCAGAUCGCACGGUCUCUUGUCGCUUGGAUGAUCAUUGUCAAGAAGGAGAAGGCCGUCUACGACACUUUAAAUAAAUGCUCCUAUGAUCAGGCGCGGAAAACGCUGAUUGCCGAAGCUUGGUGCCCAACGAACUCCCUGGCCCAGAUCAAGUCGACCUUGCAAGAUGUCAACGAUCGAGCUGGCCUGUCUGUCCCUACCAUUGUCAACCAGAUCCGCACUAACAAAACCCCGCCAACCUACGUUCGCACCAACAAAUUCACGGAGGGAUUCCAGACAAUCGUCAAUGCCUAUGGUAUUCCGAAAUAUUCGGAGGUCAAUCCUGGAAUUUACACGGUCGUCACAUUCCCCUUCCUCUUCGCUGUCAUGUUUGGUGAUCUUGGUCACGGCUUUAUCAUGGCCUCCGCGGCGUCGGCGCUGAUUUUCUUUGAAAAGAAGCUGCUGCGCACCAAGCUUGAUGAGAUCUCAUACAUGGCAUUCUAUGGACGAUACAUCAUGUUGAUGAUGGGUAUUUUCGCCAUGUAUACUGGUCUGCUUUAUAAUGAUAUCUUCUCCAAGUCCAUGACCUUCUUCAGCAGUUCGUGGGAGUGGCCAGAGGAUAUCAAGGCUGGCGAGUCUGUCGAGGCUACUCUCAAGGGCGAUUACCGGUUCCCUAUUGGCCUGGACUGGAACUGGCACGAGGCUGAAAACUCUCUACUUUUCUCCAACAGUAUGAAGAUGAAGAUGAGUGUUUUGCUUGGCUGGACUCAUAUGACCUUUGCUCUCUGCUUCCAGUUUGUCAAUGCACGCCAUUUCAAGUCCAAGGUCGACAUCUGGGGCAACUUUGUUCCUGGCAUGCUGUUCUUCCAAUCCAUCUUUGGUUACCUUGUCGUCACCGUCCUCUACAAAUGGUCGGUGAACUGGCAGGAGAGUGGGGAAUCUCCCCCAAGUCUGCUCAACAUGCUUAUUUUCAUGUUCCUCAAGCCGGGCUACGUCGAACAGCCACUCUACCGGGGCCAAGGCACAGUUCAGCAGCUCCUGCUCCUCAUCGCUGUGAUCCAAGUACCCAUCAUGCUUUUCCUUAAGCCCUUCUGGCUCCGUCAUGAACACAACCGCGCUCGCGCUCUUGGAUACCGUGGCCUCGGCGAGCAGUCUCGCGUCAGUGCACUUGAAGAUGACGGUGAUGUGAAUGGCGGCUAUGAUGGAGCUCGUGACAGCCUGGCCAGUGAUGGCGAAGGCGUGGCCAUGCUUGCCCAGGACAUCCACGAAGGCGAUGAACAUGAGGAGUUUGAAUUCGGCGAUGUCAUGAUUCACCAAGUCAUCCACACCAUUGAGUUCUGUCUCAACUGUAUUUCUCACACUGCCUCCUACCUACGUCUCUGGGCUCUGUCACUUGCCCACCAACAGCUUUCAAUCGUUCUGUGGACCAUGACUCUCGGAUCAGCCCUCGACCAAGAAGACGGAAUCAUUCGGGUCAUCAUGAUCGUAAUCUGCUUCUUUAUGUGGUUCGUUCUGUCAUGCAGUGUGCUCGUGGGUAUGGAGGGUGUCUCCGCAAUGUUGCACUCGCUACGUUUGCACUGGGUCGAGGCCAUGAGCAAGCAUUUCAUGGGCGAGGGUAUCCCAUUCUUGCCAUUCAGCUUCAAGACCCUGUUGGAAGAAGACCCAGUCGAUUAG